GUUGAGCAAGUUAAUAGUCCUACUACUAAUUUUUAGUAAUCCAGAUCUCUCUCGAAUUCUUUCCGUAUAAAAAUCAAUUAACCAAAAAAAUUAGUUCAAAAUCAACACCGACUAUAAAUUUUCACAUUACCCUAAAACCCAAACUAAACCCAAAUCUCAAAUCAAUCACCGCAAAACAUGACGUCAUUUUUUUCUUCCUCAUCGGAGACCAACCUAUCAACCGCAAGAACCAUCAUCUCAACUGCCGCCACCUUUGCCGCCGCCGCAGCCGCCUCCGCAAUGAUACUCCGUUCAGUCACCGACGAGUUUUUACCAAUGGAACUCCGUCAUUACAUAUACACAAAAAUAAAAAACGCUUACUAUCGUCUCUCCCCCGAUCUCACAAUGGUAAUCGAAGAAUUCGAAGGCCUCGACAACAACCAAAUCUACUCCGCCGCCGAAAUCUAUCUCGGCACCAUCGCUUCACCGUCAACAAGAAAGCUCCGCGUAAGCAAAUUCGAUCACCAACAAACCUACAGUCUCACAAUGGAACGCGAUCAAUCGGUAACCGAUUACUUCAAAGGCGUUAAACUCAACUGGACUCUUUUCUUCCGCCACGUCGAGAAUCUUCACCGCAACCGCGAUAUAUCCGCCGCUUCGAAAACGGAAAUCCGUUCGCUGGAAUUAACAUUCCACAGAAAGCACCAAAACCUGGUUCUUGAUCAAUACAUUCCGUUCAUUCUUGAAGAAGCAAGAUCAAAGAAACAAGAACUGAAAGCGCUGAGAAUCUUCACCGUUGAUCACCAGAAUCUGUACGGGAAUUUGAACGAUGCUUGGGUGGGGACCACGUUAGAUCAUCCGUCGACUUUUGACACGCUAGCACUUGACCGUGAUUUGCGGGAGUUUGUUACGGGGGAUUUGGAAAAGUUUGUUAGGAGAAAGGAAUACUAUAAGAAAGUUGGAAAAGCUUGGAAGAGAGGCUACUUGUUGUACGGUCCCCCUGGAACUGGGAAGAGUAGUUUGAUUGCUGCUAUGGCGAAUUACUUGCAUUUCGAUAUUUACGAUUUGGAACUUACUGAAUUGAAUAGUAAUGAUGAGCUUAGGAGGUUGUUGAUCGCUAUGCCGAAUAGGUCUAUCCUUGUUAUCGAAGAUAUUGAUUGUACCGUCGAGUUUCAGGAUCGUAAUUCGCAAUCUUUAACUGGCUCUGGAAGAAGUAGGGAUCGACAGGUUACACUAUCAGGGCUGCUGAAUUUUAUUGAUGGGCUAUGGUCAAGUUGUGGAGAUGAGAGGAUUAUAGUGUUCACAACAAACCAUAAGGAAAAGCUUGAUUCGGCAUUGUUGCGUCCGGGUCGAAUGGAUGUUCAUAUACACAUGUCCUAUUGUACUCCCUAUGGUUUUAGACAGUUGGCUUUCAAUUACCUUGGUAUUAAAGAAAAUCCUCGGUUCCGUGAGAUUGAAGCGAAAAUUGAGAAAACGCUUGUGACUCCAGCUGAAAUAGCAGAGCAGCUUCUUAAGGGCGCCGAAAUUGGAACUGUUCUUGAAGAUCUGUUGGGUUUUCUUACAAAGAAGAAAGAAAGUCAGGAAGUUGAGGCUAAAAAGAGAAAACAAGAGGAGCUGAAAGAUGACAGUGAUGGUAGUAAAGGAAAUGGUGUCAUUGGUACCACAUUGAAAUUGUAAAUGUGGAGCAAUUUAGUCAUUCGAGUUUACAAAGUUCGCAAAUUAGUUGUUAUACUUUGAAUUUUCUUUAGAAUUUUGAUUCACUUUUUCUGUUUUAUCACUUGUCAAGUUGAAGAGAAAGCUUAACGCAAUGGAUAUCAAAAAGAUUGUUGAUCGAGAGUAGCUACUAUCUACUACAGUACAUAUUAAUUUUCAAGUAGAACUCUAGUCAGUUGUAAUUAGUUCUAGCUAAAAUGUUAUGCUAUUUGGAAGCAAUUUUUCAAAUGCGUAGGACAGAAACCU